UCCGCCAUGGGCUCGACAGGGAGCGUCCCCGGUAGGACCACAUGGUGCAGCGUCGGCGAAAGGGUCACAGACGAGGAGCCCCCACUCGAAGUUGACCCACAAGAGCUUCCCGUCGUGAGGGAAUACGUCGUGGGAGGACCACAUCCAGCUCCACCCCGACAUGGAGGAGUUGGAGGGGCAGCUCAGGUCCCUCUCGACCCACGCGUCCGUGCCCGAGCGGAAGGAGAGGAGGGUGAAGCGGUCGCCGUCGCCAUCGGCGAAACGGAUUCGGCGACUACGUACUCGACGCCGCCGCGCUGCCGGGGAGGAAGACGAGGCCAACGUUUCUGACAUUGUUCGAGGUGUCAGGCGGGCCGGGGCCCGGGGGCAGGCGCGGUCGGGGACGCGCACGACGGCGGUGGCCGCGAACGUGUCGCGCCAGGCAUCGGCUGGGAAGAAUCCGUGCGUCACGAGGUGGAUGCCCAGGGCGUCGGAGUCGAGGUCGAAUCCGACGAAGGGCCGGUCGGAGACGUGGAGGAGAGGAGGGGUCGGAGGCGACGUAGCGGUGCCUAGGGCGGAGAAUUGUUGUGGCUGGCUGCGGCGUGGUGAGCUGAAGGUAAAAUGCGGUUUGAGCAAGGCUGGUAAGAACAGAGAGGCACAGAGGAGCGAGGUAAACGAAGAAAAAGGGUAA